CUAGGGCCCCGGAUUCUCGGACGGCCCUGCUGAUUGAUAGUGACCCUAGAGGCACCCCAGAAGGGGAUCCGAAGAAGGGAGCUGGUGUAACUGCAGUUGCAGAUGGGAUGUCUCCAGAUAAUGCUUUUAUUAUGGGAUUGUCCUGCCAAAUUCAGAGAACUGUAUGGCAGAGAAGAAUCAGCAAUGUCCUGUUUCCCUUAUAACCAUGCCCAUUUUCCUUGCAUUUUUUAAAACCACAGAUCUGUAGAAGAGAAAAAGGUGGAAUGGCUGCACAGUGCCGUUUACUAACAUUAGUAUCUGUCCAUCUGGAAGCACUGAAAGACUUCUGAGAGACUGAGACUGAGACUGAGAAAUACAGGCUUGCUGAGCAACAUAAAAUAACAUUCUUUCUGUUUUCUAGGCAUGACUUCACAGAUCACUGGCAAAUAAUUAUGUUGGUAUAGGUUACACUGGUUCUUCUCUGUAAAAGAAGAGAAGAAUCUAUCACCUGAUACAGAAAAACUGGCAAGCUGACAUUUCAAACACAAGGGCUUUAGCAUCUGUGCCAGUGACAUAUUUGAAUAGGAAAUGCACUAUAGACCAUAUUUCAAAGGUCACAGUCCUCAUAUUGGAAGCAUUUUAAAAACCAUGGUUUAUAGUCCAGAAUAUCAGCAGCAUGGAAGCUUUGAAGCUUUGGUCUGUUCUGGCUGCACUUUGCAUUUUUUGCCAAAGAGCAAUACCAUGUGGCCUGUCAACACAUCUUGAAAUAGCUCACAGAGCUCUGGAAUUUUUCAGCAAACAAGAGGGAAGUGUUGACUAUCAUAAGUUAUUAUUAACUCACCAAGAUGCAUAUCAGGCUGGAAGCCUUUAUCCUGAUGCCUUUUAUUCUGGUAUCUGUAAGAAUGGGCAAUUCCAUGAUGUUUCUGAAGACACCCAUUGGGCCCCUUUUCUCAAUACAAGUAUCUACUACAUCAGAAAGAACUAUCCACAACCUUGGGGAGAGGCUACAGAGAAGCUUGUGGCUUUUCUCUUUGGAGUGGCUUCUCAUAUGGUGGCUGAUGUGAGCUGGCAUAGCUUGGGGAUCGAAGAAGGAUUUCUUCGGGCCAUGGCAGCAGUUGAUUUUCUUGGCUCUUACUCAGAAGCUCAUGCUGCUGGUGAUUUUGGAGGUGAUGUAUUAAGUCAAUUUGAACUUGAUUUUGAUUAUUUGGAACCAAACUGGUAUGUACCUGUCAAGGAUUUAUUGUCAAUUUAUGAGGUGUUCUAUGGCAGGGAAGUGAUAACAGAAGACACUAUUGUUGACUGUACAUACCUGCAGUUUCUUGAAUUGUAUGGUGAAAUGACCAGUGUUGCCAAGCUUUACCCCUUCUAUGCCAACAAAUCCCCAUUUUUAGUGGAUAAAUUCCACGAAUACUUCCUUGGUGGUGUUGAUGAUAUGGCAUCCUCAUCAAAUACCAUUUUCCAACUAACGAGUCAGAUGUUAACAAAUGGAAGCAGUGGCUGCUUUAUUCCUGAGAAUCCUUUGUAUAUACAUUGUAAAAAUAAACCGAGGAAUGCUAUUGCUAGGAUCAAACAGUCCAGACGAGGACACACCAAGAAUGUAACUUCUUCCCUGGACAAAUCAGUUGAAAAGAAGAUCAACUAUACAGAGAGAGGAGUUUAUUUUGAUGCCCCAUCUUGGGCAACUAACUUUCUUCAGUUCAGCAGUAGUGCCACUACAAAGACUUUGUGGAAUGUGCUGACGGUCACACAGCAGCAAUCUUCUAACUACAUUACCAAGCCCACGGCUUCCUACUUUCUGCUUACUCCGUAUGCUAAACUUGGAUGGGCAAUGACGUCAGCUGAUUUAAACCAGGAUGGCUAUGAUGAUCUAGUAGUUGGAGCACCAGGAUAUAGCCAACUGGGACGCAUUCAGACAGGACGUGUAUAUAUUGUGUAUGGUAAUCAGUCAGGUUUGCCUCGUGGAGAUUUGGAUCUAGACCAGGAAGCAGAUGAAAUCCUAGAGGGAAGUAAGAUUUCAGGAAGGUUUGGUUCUGCCAUAGCAGUGCUGGAUUUCAAUGAGGAUGGAGUACUGGACCUUGUAGUGGGAGCACCAUCUGUAGGAUCACAGCAGCUCAGUUAUAUGGGUGCUGUGUAUGUGUUUUUUGGCAAUAGAGGAGCGGCCUACCAUAGCUUUCCAAAUGUUACCAUUGUUUGUCAAGAAAUAUACUGUAAUCUUGGCUGGUCACUUUUGGCUGUUGAUGUGGAUGGAGAUGGAAAUCGUGAUCUCCUGGUUGGCUCUCCUUAUGCACCUGGUGGUGGAAAACAAAGGGGAAUUGUGGCUUCCUUUUAUUCUUUUUCAAACAGAAGCUGCCAAGGGCAGCUGUCUGUAUCGGAUGCUGACUGGUUAGUGACGGGAGAAAGAGAUUAUGCCUGGUUUGGAGCAUCACUCAGUAGUAUUCAGCUUCAAAACAGAACACUGUUGCUCAUUGGCAGCCCUACCUGGAAAAGCUGCACAGGUCUAGGCUGCUAUUUUGCUCAAAAUACCAAGCAGGCUGUUGGAAGGGUAUAUGGCUAUCUCCCACCAAGCACACAAAGCCGGUUUGCUUUAACUGGAGACAAGGAAAUGGGCAGGUUUGGUUCCUCAUUGGCAACUGGUUUCCUUUCUGUAGAAGGAAUCCCCAGGCAAGUGCUGGUAGUUGGCGCACCCACACAAGGGAGCUCAUCUAGGAUUGCAUUUAUACCAGCAGUGCUGCAUCAAGCAGGAAUUACUAUGAUGUAUGAUUUGACAGAGAGCUCCAAACCUUCUCUGCUCAGCAGGUUCAGCGGGGACAGAAGAUUUUCACGCUUUGGUGGAGAUGUGCACUUGCGUGACCUGGAUAAUGAUGGACUUGAUGAGAUCAUUGUAACGGCAUCUCUUCGAAGCAAAGACAUCACAGCUGGAAUAUUUGGAGGAGAAGCUGCACGUGUUUAUAUAUUCAGUGGAAAUCAGACAACCUUGGGCAGUGUGACAGACAACUGCAAAUCAUGGACUUCCCCUUGUCCUGAAGAAUGGGCACAGUAUGUCAUAAUUUCCCCUGAGGAAAAAUCAAGAUUUGGAAAUUCCUUGAUUACAGUCAAAUCUGGACAAAAGAAUGAAGUUGUAGUAGCUGCUGAGAGGAGUUCAGUAAAAGCACGGCUUAGUGGGAGGCUCUUCAUCUACACUUUUUAAUUUUUCUCUGUGUGUUUUCAAAAAGUCACUUUUCACAUUUUUUGAACCAGCUGUUUUACAGAAUGUAACCCGUAUGUGUUAUGGGACUGGCAUGUGAUUAGCAGAAACCUUUUAAGCUAGCCCCCCCUUCUAAAAGAGGGUCCAAUUUUAGCUAAAUGUCAAUAUUAAAAGCAAUAAUGGGUAAGAAAAUACUUUGAUUUAUUGCCAUACAGUGUGACACAGCACAGGAGAAGAAAAAUCUACAAAGGUGGAGUUUUACAACAAAUAGUUUUUCACAGACAUAUAUUUUUUUUGUACUCACCAUCCUGCUAUUCAUUCCUACCCUGGUUAGAAAGGCACCACCCCAGUGAUUACAAUAUGUGAAAAAGAGGUGGAACAAUUUUACUUAAAAUUAGGCCAAAUGCAAUUUCAUCUGUGCAAAAAGAAAUGAAAUGCCAUGCUGUCCACAUAAUCCUGCCUUCAGUUGGACCAUUGCUGAAGGCUACCUGUGCCAAGUGCUGACAUUUUAAAUUACUACAAAG